AUGGGCAGCUCGGCAGGAAAAGAGAAACAGCCUGCGGAUAAGGGAGAUUCAAAUGACAAUGUCGUACAACAGAAAACAGCUUCCACACCGGCCUCCCAAUCUAAAAGCCAAGGAAAUUCAGAAACAGUACAGCAUUCAGAACGUGUAUUGGCGAAAAAGAAAACGGAGAAUGGGGGCGAAGGAGUGCUACCCAACAGACAAGAUCGACCCAAGACCAGUAAAGAAAGGAUGCAAAUGCAGAGGGAAAAAACAAUAAUGGUAUCAAAGGAAAGAACGCCAAAACUUCAACGACAAAAAACGGGUGGGUUUAAAAGAGAGAAAACAAUGGGACUAACAAGGCAAAAGACAGUGCUCAACGACAAAGCCUUGAAAGGAAAGAAGCUGACCAAAACAAUAUCCAAGGAACAUAUCACAUCAUCAACGUUAAAAUCUGGUAUGAACGCCAUUCUUCUGGGAAGUACAACAGUGGAUCUCCCGUCUACGGCCAAAAUUGUUCGUAUAUUCACCAGCAGUACAUUCAAGGACACAGAGAAUGAAAGAAACAUGUGGAUGACCGAGGCCUACCCCGCCAUCAAACUCUUCUGCCAGAAGCUGGGUUACGAGUUCCAGGUGGUGGACAUGCGCUGGGGAGUCCGAAAUGAGAGUGUAGACGAACACAACGGCACAGAGAUGUGUCUCCGAGAAGUCCAGCAAUGCCAAAGACUAUCAACAGGACCCAACUUUGUUUCCCUUCUUUCACAUCGAUAUGGAUACAGAAAUCUUCCUAGAGUGAUCGAGGCGUCAGAGUUCGAGAAGUUGGUCGAAGCUGUCAACCCCGAUCCCAAAAAGGUCUUACUCAAAUGGUAUCGUCGUGAUGAGAACGCCGUGCCACCGGUCUAUGCUCUUACACAAAUCAGCAAAUUUCUGCCUGAUUUCUUGUCAACUGAUUCCCAAAAGAAGAGAGAGGCUGCAAACCAGUUUUGGGUUGAAAAUGACAUCAUGCAAGAUGCCCUAGAAAUGGCUGCUAAUCAAGUCCUGGGACCGGAAGAUGCGCGAAGAUACGUUAUAUCAGUGACAGAGAAGGAGACACAGAUGGGGAUUUUAGAUGCUGAGGAUCCAAAGUCUCACUGUCUCUGGUUUAGAAGAAGAAUCAAAGGCAUUGAAGAUUUGGAGCCCAGUACCAUUGUUUCUCAUUACAUAGACAGCACAGGUCCAGAGGAAAAAUGGAGAAAAAACAGAGCUUUACUGAAGGAGCUCUGUGACAGUAGAAUUCCACAAGUCCUUCCUGCUAAAAAUAUACACCAGUAUGAAGUGGAAUGGAAACAAGGAAUCAACUCAAGCCAUCUUGAUCACAAGGAAUAUUUGAUAAAAAUGACUUCGGAUUUUACGACACGAAUGUGCUCCAUGAUUCAAGAAGCGAUUGAGGAGCGAAGAAAGUCGGAGAAAGCAGACUCUUUAAUCCAAGAGAUCAUCAAUCACACAAGCUUCUGUAAAACCAAGCUGGAGAACUUCCACGGCAGAGAGAAAGCACAGGAGAAAAUAAAGGAAUACCUGAAAGACAAGAGCUCGAAAAUUCUGGCCAUUCACGGAUCUUCUGGUAGUGGAAAGACAACUCUCAUGGCAAAAGCUGUCGAAAUCUCGGCAAAUUCUCUGCGAAAAACAACUAAUAAGACAGUGGCUGUCGCUUUUAGGUUUGUUGGAACAACCCCUGGAAGUUCUAACGUCAGCGCUCUUUUGGAGAGUCUAACAAGACAGAUCACAUUAAUAUACCAAGAGGAUCUGAAAGUAUCAGAGGAGCUGAGAGAACUAGUUGAACAGUUUGAUCACGUGCUACAUUACGCAAGUGCAGAACUCCCUCUGGUUGUGAUGAUUGACUCCUUAGACCAGUUGGACCCCGCUAACAAUGCUAGGAAUCUCUCCUGGCUUCCUCAGGAACUUCCCCCUCACGUUAAAUUUAUUGUCUCUACUUUGGAAGAGGACAUUUAUGAAUGCUUCCCAAAUCUUCAGGGCUUCCUUCCUCCGGAAAACUUAUUUUCCAUACCAAAGCUGCCAACAAAUGACGCUAGUGGAAUUGUAGACCACUGGUUAAAAAACAAAGAUCGUUGUAUCACUAAAAGACAAAGAGAGAUACUAUUGAAGGCGUUUGAAAAGUGUCCAUUACCGUUGUAUCUAAAGAUGUCUUUGGACGAAGCUUGUCGCUGGAAUUCCUUUUCCUCGGAGUCGGAAACUGUUCUGGAAAAGACAAUUCGAGAAAGCAUAAAUGCUCUCUUCCAACGUCUUGAGAAGUCUCAUGGACUUCUGAUGAUGUCAAGAUCCAUGGGUUAUCUUACUGCAGCUAGGAAUGGUUUAUCAGAAUCUGAAUUGGAAGACAUUUUGUCAUGUGACGAUGACGUUCUGAAUGACGUAUACCAGUACUGGAAACCACCUAUUAGACGUCUGCCGCCUCUAAUGAUGGCAAGACUGAGGACAGAUCUUCAGCAAUAUCUAGUGGAGCGAGGGGCUGAUAAUGUAACUGUAACUAGCUGGUAUCACAGACAAUUUCUGGAAGCUGCUGAAAAUAGAUACUGUCCACCCAAGGAUCUUGCAUUCCUUCACAGCCAACUUGCAGAUUUCUUCGACGGAAAAUGGGCCAGUGAAAAGAAACCAUACAAAGACAAAGAUGGGAAGAGUAAUGAAGAAAUUCGCCAUGUGAUGUCUCAGCCUUUGAUGUAUGGGGAAACCUACAAUCUCCGGAAACUGAACAACCUCCCGUACCACCUGAUCCAUGCAGGGAACGUCGCAGCCCUGAAAGAAAAAUGUCUCUGCAAUUUUGAGUUUCUUCAGCACAAGCUUUUGGCGACUUCAUGCAGAGAAGUAAUAGACGAUUUUGAUCAUGCAAGGCAUACCUUUCCCAAAGAGAAGGAUUUAGAAUUACUUGGAGAGGCUUUUCAACUGUCGGAAGAUGACGUCAUAUACGACCCUCUCAUGUUUCCAUCACAGAUGAUAGACCGACUUGCUGAUGAAAAGAUUGUAAAAGAUUUCGUCACGCAAUGUAAAAGCUGUACUCACCCACACAUUCGUCCCAACCAAGAGGUUCUAAUAAAACCCGGGGGACAGAUGCGCUGUGCUAUGGCGGGUCACAGAGCAUCAUUGAAGUCGCUGGACCUGAAACAGGACGGGAAAACAGCGGUCACUUGUUGUGAAAUUGGCGAUGACGAAAUUCGAACUUGGGAUGUUACGCGUGGGAAACUAAUUCGUACAUAUGAUGGAUUAGGAGACCACCCAUUUUCAGUUUACUAUGUGAACAAUGACAGCUUCAUCAUGAUAAACUACAUAAAUCUCAUAAAAACAAUCAACGAGUUAGGAGAAGUAAUGUUCACAAUUCAGCCUCGUUCUGUACAACAUACACUUGUUGUGGGUGGCACCGGAAACACGUGGUUAGGGCUGUUCCAGGAGCAAAUGGUGGAAUUAUAUGAUGCAAAAAGCGGGGAAGUAAAACACAAGGUUUCUAACAGCGACAUGUCAGGUCUAAAAUUUGGUGUCGAUGGAAUUGCGACGGCCGUCGUUAGACCUAGUUAUAAUUCUCAUGGGUCUUACAAUUACAUGGUUGUGACGGAUUCAACUCAACAAUACAUUUCUGUGUUCAGUCUGAAAAAGAAGGCUUUCAUAUGUACGCGUCAAGUGUUUACAGAUAACGCAAAUGGUGACGCAUACACAGUGGACGCAAUGGUUAUUUCAGCAGAUGAGCGUCAAGUUUGUUAUUGCGAUUGCUUCACAAAUGACCUUCACAUUGCAGACAUUAAUACUCUGAAGGACAACAAAGUGCAUAAAGGCAGUGGUGAUGAUUAUACCUUAAAUUAUCAUGUUUCCAAAGACGGAAAAUCUUUGUAUUGUGUGUCAAAUAGAGAUAUCGUGAUAUGGGACCUGAAAUCUGGAGAGCGGAAGUACACAUUACAACACUCGUGCUACGUUACUGACGCACGGACCGUUGAUUUCCGAACAAUGGUCACCAUAACAGAGGAUAAAGUUGUCUAUGUCUGGGAUAUGACUCGUCCAGAGAAAAGAGGACAUAAAGAAAAAUUUAACGUCGGUCAAAACGUUUGGAACAUUAUCACCCUUCCAAAUAGUCGCUACGUAGCAGCGCUUAUGAAAAAGACGAGUCAAUCUACGAAUGACUUUGCUCUGAUAAUUUAUGAUCUAGUGGACAGGAAUAUUGUUCGACAAGCAAACAUUAUGGAAACGCCGGGUGUGUUCGAAUUGAUUGAUGAUGAGCACGUUCUGGUGAAUAUGGGGAGUAGUAAGAUAAAGAUAGUUAAUUUGAAUACCAUGACGGUGGUGCAUACAUUUCAAGGAAAAAUCCCAAAAUCCGAAGAACCACAAGUCAAUGUUAUAUCUGAUCAUAACAAGAUAGUGGUGCAGACCAAAGGGUCAAGUCACCUUAAAGUCUACGAUAUCAACCAGGAGGAAACAGAAUGUAUAAUUCAAAACCCUCUUUCCAAUGAAAGAAUUGAAAAACUAUAUACCAACAAUAAAACUUUGAAAGUUGCCGCAUUGACGGACUACAAGAACAUAAUUGUUUUCAACAUAAAAGACAAGACUUCCAAAGUGGUCACUGCUGCCGACAUUAAGGUGGACGAACUCGGAGAAAUCGUUGCAGUGGCGCCAUGCGGUGACAAUAUUGUUUUAACGGGUGCAAAAAGUUUUACAAUUCACGACGAAGUUACGGAAGAAAUUUUGGGUUAUAUUUGGAACUCUAAGAGUGGAAAACUAGUUGCAGAACUACACGAUAAAGAAUAUCAGAUCAAUUACGUAUUAAAAGAGAAUCAAAGAGGGUUAUCAAUUUCUGUUGAUGAUGUCAUGUUUAUCACUGACACGUGGUUUCUGACAUCAGACGAUGAUUACAUCAUGCGAGUGUGGGAUAUAAAUACAGGUACCUUGAUGAAGAGACUCACAGGACACGAGUCAAACAUUGAGAUGUUUUCAAUCACUGAUGGUCCUUUGUUUGUAUCUUAUGGCUGCUGGGAGGAGGAAAAUGCCAUUAAACUCUGGUCAACUGAAAGUUUGGAAUGCGUAGCUUCGUUUAAGUUAGACAGUGCAUUUGGAAAAUUAAGGCUGUGUAAGGACGGGUUAACAUUCGUGACAACAGAAAUUAACCCCUCCCGUAUUAUUCACUGGAAGUUACAUGGGGUAGAGGAAAUUGUAGACUUGUCCAAACUUCCCAAGAAAUUUGGUGGAAAGGUUCUGGAAGUCGACCUUGACCUUCAGGCAGUAGAGGAUUAUGAGGAUGAUCCUAAUGACCCUGACACUGAUAUCGAGUUUAAUGAUGACGACGAUGAUGACGAUGAAGAAUACGAAGAAUAUGAAGAGGAGAUAUGAGCCAUAGAGAUAUUUCAUGGUUCAUAUCAAGUUUCAUUUUAAUGUCACAAACAGAUAUUUUUCAUGCCUACCUCAUUGUUUGUUUUUAUAUGUUCAGAGGUUUUCACCUCUCUAAUUAUACUUCACAGCAAUCGAUGAUAUUUAUCAUCUUUA